AUGAAAAAGAAGUGCUUCAAUAAAUUUCUCAAAGUAUUUCAUUUAAUCCAUAGAAAGAAGUAUCAUCUAAAUGAAAAUGAAUUCGUUUCAGAACAUCCUUAUGGAAUAUCUUCUAUUAGUCCAUUACCAAAAGGUAUAUUCAAUAAAGAAGGAUCUAUGGAAGGUGAUGAUGGUGAUGAUGAAGAUGAAGAUGAUCAUGAUGAUGAUAACAAUGAAAUCUCAUCGAUGUUUUCUAUUCCAACACAAAGAAUGCAACAUAAUUCAUUGAAUUCACAUCAGAAUAAACAUGAUGUCAUUCAAUAUGUUCUAGGUGAUCCACAGACGAUGAUGCAUCAUUUAACAAAGAAGAUUAAACAAAAAAUACCACAAUUAUCUAAUAAAAAUAUAAUGGAUAAUACUAAAACAAAUAAAGUAUCUAGGGAGAAGUUGAAUAACUUGACGACGUCCCAACAACAACAAAAUACUACUACUAGUACUGGUAGAAGUACUUCUUUGAAUGGGAAAUCAAUAAAAGAACAAUCCAAGAAGGAAUUAAAACUUAAAUAUAUGGAUAAUGCUAAAACAAAUGAGGUUCCUUUAGAGAACUUAUAUAACUUGACUCCUCCUCCUCGACCUCAACAACAACAUACUACUACUACUACUAGUAGUACUAGUACUUCUUUGAAUGAGAAAUCAACAAAAGGAUUAUCCGAGAAGGAAUUAAAACCUGAACAUAUGGAUAAUGUUAAAACAAAUGAGGUCUCUAUGGAGAACUUGGAUAACCUGACUCCUUCUCCUCCUCAACAACGACAACAUACUACUACUACUAGUACUAGUAAUUCUUUGAAUGUGAAAUCAAUAAAAGGACUAUCCAAGAAGGAUUUAAAACCAAAGUAUAUGGAUAAUGUUAAAACAAAUGAAGUCUCUAUGGAGAACUUGACGACACCCCAACAACAACAUACUACUACUACUGCUACUAGUAGUAGUAGUACUUGUACUAGUACUUCUUUGAAUGAGAAAUCAAUAACGAAACUAUCCAAAAAGGAAUUAAAACCAAAACACAAUAAUAAACAAGAAAAAGAUAAAAUCUCAACGAAAACAAUCUCUUCAAUACACAAAUCCAAUAAAUCUCAUAAAGAGAUUGAUGAAGACAAAUUGAAACGAAAAAAGACGAAACAAUCGAAUAUACAUAAACAAAUAACAAACAACGAAUUGAUUGAUAAAACAAUGACUAAAUCAAAUAAGAAUGAUCCAACUAUUCAAAGAGAACAUAAUAUCAUUGAACUAUUAGAUCCAAUCCAUGAUCAAGACAAUACCAUGAAACAAAUUGAUGAUCUAAUCAAUAAAGACUUAUCUAUUGAAACAAUUAAUAAAUCAAUAAAGAAUGAUCUAAAUAUUCAUGAAGAACAGAAUACAAUUAAAAUAUUAAAUCCAAUCAAAUCGAUUGAAUCAAUUCAUUAUCCAAUAAAUAUUACCAUGGCAACAAUCGAUCAUAUAAAUAUUCCGUUAGAAACAAAAAAUCAAUAUAUUGAAAAUGAUUUCAAAGGUUUAAAAAUAUUAAAUAAUAAUAUUCUUCAUUAUACUGAUUUAAUAGAUAAUAAUCAUAAACAAAUAGAUUAUAUCAUAGAGAAAGAAAACAAUGAUAAGACAUUAGAAGGUAACCAUGACAACAAUCUAGAUCAUAAUGUCUAUCCAAUGACAAAAAAAGAGAAUGGAAUUCAAACCGAUCAAGAACCUAACGUUAUAUCAAUCUCUAAUGUAGAUCAUCCAAAAGAGAUCUCAUCUAAACAAAUUCAUCAUAUAGAAAAGAUAACAAGAGAUUAUCUUGAUAAUAAUUAUAAGAAUAAAUUAAGACCUAUUCAUAAUGAUCAGAAUAGAUCUAUUCAAGAGAAAGACUGUACAAAUUGUGAACCAUCAAAAGAUGAAUCAUCUAGUGAAACUUUCUCAUCAAAUCCAACUUAUUCAUCAAUAUAUCAUAAUAAUGGUAAAUGUGAAUCUAUACAAUGGUAUAAUAAUCAACCAUAUCAUGAUCAUCAUCAUCAUCAUGAUGAUCAUCAUUCAAUUCAUCAUAACUGUAUGCUUAGGGAUUCGACGAAAUCUCCACGAUUAUAUUCAUGUUAUUGUAAACAUAAUGAAUGGAAUAAUUCAUCAAAAAGAUUGAAUACAAAUCAAUUGAAACAUCAAUAUGGAUGUUACUAUGGCAACUCUUGUAAACAGGAUCAUUUCAAUAAAUAUCGAUAUUCAUAUCUUAAACGAUAUUUAUCUCCUCAAACGAUAAGAUUAUUAAAGAAAGAAUUAAAGUAUAGAUUAUCAUUUAGAGAUCGAUAUUGUUUAAAUCGAAAUGAUCAAAAUGAAUAUUGUCAUUGUAGUACAUCAUGUUUACCAUCUAAAGAAUAUGAUACUUCUUUGAUGAAUCUGAAACAAUUGACUCAUUCUAAUAUACCAUCCAAUUCGUUUAAUCCAAUACAACAAUCAUCAUUCAUGAAUAACAUUAUAAAUCCUAUGAAUAUACCAUCAUGGUAUAGUUUCAAUGUACCAAUGAUGAUAACACAACCACGAUUUAUCAUAAGACAUAUUCCAGUACCAAUGAUUAUUCCACAAUGUUCUACUAGAACAAUUCAAUCAAUGAAUUCAUAUCCAUUAUCUACAAUCAAUCCAUAUGUUUAUCCGAAUGAUAUAACUUCUAAUAUAUCACAACCAAUACAUUAUGGUCUACCAUAUUAUCAAUAG